CGCACCUUUUAUUUCAUACUGGCAUAGUUUUGCAUGACACGAUCAUUUAACACGUAGUUGUUGACGGUAAUUCAAGAAGAUUGAUGCUGAAAUAUGUGUUUUUAAUAACAAUAUCGAUAUACAUUAUAUCUAAACAAUAUAAGCGAACAUAAAAAGAGUUGAAUGAGUUAAUAUCAAUAGCGAUACUACGGACGAAAUGUAAUCAAUAGUCGAGGACAAAAUCGUAAAACAAUACAUCGGAAAUAAUCUAAACCCGUUGAAAGAUGACCAGCGUGGACGUUCCAGUACCACGUGACAGCAACCUGCCCAGCCUCUCACGGGUGGUGCGCAAGAAGACGAUCGCACCGCCGCCUCUGCCCCCGCCCAUGAACCCCGAGGACAUGCCCUGGAGGGGCCAGGGGGGUCGGGCCCCGACCCUGAGCAGUGUUGAGUUCGACAGACAGCUGGACAAGGUGGCGAUGUGGCUUGAGGAGUGGAACCAUGAGCAGAGAUGUCAGGUUCUCGAAGGAUUGCUGAGGAGGAGCAACUUCCGGCAGUUCCAGUUCCUGAACACCUCCCUUCAACCGGCCUUGCAUCGGGACUUCAUGUACACGGCCCGCACGCAGUUCCCCUCUAUUGAGUUCGUGCCGCUCAGUACACACACUAGCCGGAAACUCAAAGAGAAACUGAUAUUUACGCGGCAGGACAACUACCACCGGAUAGACAGCGCUCACCUCACAGAUGAUGAGCAGGCCAAACAACAGGCGCAGGAGAAGGACCCGCUCAGACUGCCGGAAAUCACUAACGGCAACCCAUCGAAGUCAGCACCGGAAGUUCCCAGCCUCUGGUCAGUGGUUCCCAGCAAACGACCCCGACGUAGUGUCAGUCUUAUAGAGACACAGCCGGAGAAGUGGGUGGGGGACGGAAAACCGCUGUAUGACAAGAAUCCAAACAUCAGGUACAUUGACAUGCCUGUUCGUCGACACAUUCAGGACGAGCAGAGUCCACGCUACAGCUUGCAGGUGUCGACAAUAUCCGCUCAUAAUACGGGGCCCCAUGUGGUUUCAGGUCAGAUUCACAAAGCCUCCGCUGUAUCCGGAAGUACCGGACAACUGAGUAAAUCCAGCAGUACGAGCACACUGCACGCGCAGAGUGAUGGGGCAUUGACACUGCAAAGGAAAGCAAAGAUAAAAAACAAAUCUGACAGUAGCAAAUCUUUAGAAAUUGAGGCCAACAUGCUGUAUAAUUGGUACUCGAACAACUGGACAGAUGUGAAAAGAAACGAGUUUCUCCAUAAAUUGUUGCUAAAGAUCGAUCCCCGGCAGCAUUAUUUUAUAUCCAGUUUUCUCACAGCCCGCCAGUACAAAGACUUUAUAACUCUCUUGCCAGAAACAGUUUCCUUAAAGAUUUUGAAUCUGCUGAGAGUUCAUGAUCUUCUGAAAUGCUGCAUGGUAUGCAAGGCGUGGAAUUCUCUUGCCAACAACAUGGACCUCUGGCGACGGAAGUGCGAGGCGGUUAAACUCGAGAUCCCAAUCAUAGAGGCGGAGACGCUCGACUGGAAGCAGCUGUACCGGGAAAACAAGUUCCUUAGGGUCAACUGGAACGACGGCAAAUGCAAGAUUACCGAUCUGAAGGGACAUACCGAAAGUGUGAUAUGCGUAAUAUUCGACCAGACCCGCCUUGCCAGUGGUGGCCUCGACAAGUCAAUACGGGUUUGGGACCUCAAGACGGGCACGUGUAUGCACGUUCUUAAGGGGCACGUGAAGGGGGUGUGGUGCCUGAACUUCUACACGCAGAAUUUGCUCAUAAGCGGUUCCUAUGAUGGAACUAUUAGGGUUUGGAAUCUACGUACGGGUAAAUGUCAGAAGACCAUUCUUGCUCAUGAUGGACCGAUCUGGGCAAUCGGGCGCCACAAGGACAACCUCGUCUCUGCCUCACAGGACAAACUGGCCAAGGUAUGGGACAUCAACCGGUGCCUCUUGGUCCAGACCCUAACGGGCCACUCUGCCGCCGUGUUCGCCGUGGAUAUGAGCGAGGACGGUAAACUGGCCAUCACGGGCUCAGCUGACAAGAGUGUUCGAAUCUGGAGCAUAGAGACCGGUCGAUGUCUACGGUGGAUCAGCGUCUCACAGACCACUUCCAUCAUGUCCGUAAGCUACAGCCAAGGAUUCCUGGCGUGUUCAUACGGAGAAACAAUCUGUGUCUACAAGGUGGAUGGUCCAACCAAGCUGGUUAGGAAAUACCUCGAUAUUGUGAACGAACAUCAGAAACGGAUUGAAUGUCUCAAACUGCAAAUCUCGGACAGGGAAAAGGGAACCGGGAUAAUCGUCAGUGCUGGAAAGGAUGGACGGGUGAAAUACUGGGACAUUACAAAGGAAAAGAGCUUACAGACAUUCAUUGGUCAUCGGGGGAAAGAAGUUAAUGCAAUUCACUUUGAUGAACUCAGAAUUGCAAGCGCUGCAGACGACAACAAAAUAAGAAUAUGGGAUUUUAAUAUUUAAAAUGGAACAACGAAACAACAUCAGACGUUUUUGUAUCACAAACUAUUCUCUGUUUAAUACAACCAACCGUGUAUUGUGAUUGCUCAAGAAAUGCUCAAAUUGGUAAUAAAUGAAUUAGAUGCCAUGUUUACGGGAGUCAGCCUAAACAACGCAUAAAUAGGGUUAUUGAAAAAGCGGUUUAUUUGAGUUCAUGUAUGAUUUUUUUUGGAAUAUGUGAACUGUGAAUAUGGCUUUUCAAUUUCUACAAUAUUGAGUAACAUGUAUAUAGUGGGUUUUCCGGAAAAAAAAAUCACUGAUGAAAAGUUA